AUGGAAUUCCGUGUUCUUUGCGUCCCUGACAUGCGCUUACGUCUUACCGAUGUCUCUCUUGAAGCUUUUAGAGAUUGUGCUCUUCAGGAUCUUAAUAUGGGAGAAUAUCCUGGUCUAAAUGACCACUGGAUGGAUGUCAUCUCUUCACAGGGUCCAUCUCUACUUUCCCUAGAUGUGUCUGGAUCUGAUGUCACAGAUUCUGGACUGACUAAUCUCAAAGAUUGCAAAAAUCUGCAAGCACUAAAUCUUAAUUAUUGUGACCGGAUUACGGACCGUGGAGUGGAAAAUAUAAGUGGUCUAUCAAACUUGACUACUCUGAGUUUUAGGAGAAACAAUAUACUUACUGCUCAAGGGAUGAGUGCGUUGGCUGGGUUAAUUAACUUGGUGAAGUUAGAUUUGGAGAGGUGCCCAAAAAUUCACGGCGGUAUGGUUCAUCUUAAAGGUCUAACCAAGCUUGAAUCUCUUAAUAUCAAUUGCUGCAACUGCAUCACGGAUUCGGAUAUGAAGCCUCUUGGGGGCCUGACAAAUCUGAAAGUGUUGCAAAUUUCAUCCAGUAAGGUCACAGAUUAUGGUGCUAAUUUUCUGAAAGCUCUAGAAAAGCUUACUCUGUUGAAUAUGGAGGGUUGUCCUGUCACUGCGGCGUGCCUGGAGUCUCUUUCAGCUCUUCAUGCUCUGCUAUAUUUAAACCUGAGCAGAUGUUGUUUGACUGAUGAUGGGUGUGAGAAGUUUUCGAGUUUGCAGAGUUUGAAAGUGCUGAAUUUGGGAUUCAACGAGAUCACAGAUGCCAUUCUUGUGCACCUGAAAGGUUUCACAAACUUGGAGAGCUUAAACCUGGAUUCAUGUAGGAUUAAGGAUGAAGGGCUGAUUAAUUUGUCAGGUCUUCAUCGCCUGAAGAGUUUGGAGUUAUCUGACACUGAAGUUGGAAACAAUGGGAUCCGUCAUCUCUCAGGAUUGAGGAAUCUAGACAUCUUAAAUCUGUCCUUCACUGUUGUCACUGACAGUGGUCUAAGGAAGCUUUGUGGUCUGUCCUCUUUGAGGUCACUCAAUCUGGACGCACGCCAAAUAACUGAUACUGGGCUUGCAGCACUUACAAGCUUGACUGGGCUGACUCACUUGGACCUCUUUGGAGCUAGGAUCACUGAUUCUGGAACAAGCUAUCUUCGACAUUUUAAGAAUCUGCGUUCUCUGGAAAUCUGUGGUGGAGGUUUAACCGAUGUUGGUGUAAAGAACAUCAAGGACCUGACGUCCUUGACAUUGCUAAAUCUUUCUCAAAACAGUCACCUCACGGAUAAGAGCUUGGAAGCGAUUUCUGGGUUGACGCAGCUGGUGUCUCUGAAUGUUUCAAAUUCCCGCAUAACAAGUGCAGGGUUGCAACAUCUGAAGCAACUCAAGAACUUGAAAUCACUUACCUUGGAAUCCUGCAAGGUGACUGCAAAUGACAUCAAGAAACUGCAGUCGACUGAGCUCCCAAAUCUGGUGAACUACAGGCCGGAAUAGAUGGUGCAAGGAUACUUUCUGCGAUCACCUGGUCAGUGCUGGAGAAGUGUUGUACAUAGAUCAGCAAUAAAAUGUGUUAUUUGUUGAACUGUAAAUAAUCUGUCUGCUGAAGAUUUGGUUAGAUCUCAUUCUUCAGUGUGUCUUGGUCUUUUCAUAGUGCCACAGCAUGAAGUUUUCUUUCAUAUUGUGCGCUUCAGUAUGAAGGAAAAUGUACAUAAGCUUCCUUGGCACUGGAUGGAGGUAAAUAGGUUUUGUACAUAUUCGUUGUCAAACUGUUAAGAAACAGUAAUGCGCUUCUGAAUUGGGGUCCUUUUGUUGGUUCUGGCCUAUCUGGCUUUAGUAUGGUUUCUGACUUAAGGCUCAGAUACGGAAAUGAAUGAUUAUUCUCCUUGGCAAGUUGUGGAUGCCGUGAAAUGCUUGGCUAUUGUACCAUUUCUAUUCCCAGUGGACUCUUACCCAAGGACCUUUGUCUGGAUGAAUAUUCUGUGGACAUUAUGUUGUGUGAUUC